AUUGUUGUAGGUCGGACUAACUCAGCCUACUGAUAGCUCUCAAAAACGCUCCGGCGGGGAGAAACGAGCGGCCGCGGCUUGUUUUGCAUGUUUGUAAGAGAGAUUAAGAAGUUCACUGAAGAUCACUUAGGCCUCUCCCAGUGGGACGACUUGAGAGGGGAGGACAUCCUUGUGAACACUACCUCGGGUGAGGUAACUCAGCUGUUUGGUGUGUGCCCGUGCCCGGCUCCACCUACAGCCCCGCCCACAGCCCAGCCUGUUCUCUCAGGGGCCAGUAUGCGCAGCUCUGAGGAUGGUGUUUCGGGCACUGUGCUUCAGCGGCUGAUGCAGGAACACUUGCGCUACGGAACUGGCAGUACAGGAGGAGGUACAGAGCAUGAUGGAGUCAGCCUUCCUCACAUGCUGUCGCCGAACAACCCAGUCUCCACAGAGAGCCUUCUUUUUGAAGAGGAGGGGCCAGCGGCUCCGCUAUACCACUCAAUCCCACCACAGACGCAGCCGAGACAGGAGCCUCAGGGGCAGGAGCACCAAGUCGACAGCAGCUCCAUGGAGAAGAGUGGAGGAGGGGCCCAAAGCACUGGGGGAAGCGUCCAGGCUGCCCACACUGUGCCCGGGCUGGGUGACCUGGAGCUCCCCUCCUACGAGGAGGCUAAGAGCCAGUCUCAGCUAUUCAGAGGCCAGCAGAGCCAGAAUGAUCAGCAAUCUCAUAACCUGGGUCACACACACACUAGUCUCCAGACCCUGGGCCACACCAUUCAGGCUCUCCCCAGCAAUCCUCAUCCAAGCCAGAAUCUCCAAACCCAGGUCAAUCUUAAGAUGAGUCAGCAGAACCUCGUCCACCCAAAUCUGCAGCAGGGGGCGCAAGUGUCCUUUGGUCCCAGCAGCACCAGCUCCUGCCCUCCCUCUCUCUCCUCUGCACCCUCUCUUGCCUCCCCUCCUUCUCUCUCAUCCUCCAGUGUUCCGGUGACGGCUCGCGUGGAGGGCAGGGCAUGGCUCCAGCGGGGGUGUGUGGGGAUCGCCCCGCCCCGCGAUGAGGGCCUGGCGGAGCUCAAGCAGGGUCAUGUUCGCUCCCUCAGUGAGCGCAUCAUGCAGCUCAGUCUGGAGCGCAACGGAGCCAAGCAGAGCAGGGAACUGUCCUCUACAAAUCUCAGCGAGUACUCCCCUCACGGACCAGACAGACCAGCCAUCUCUCCUUCGUCAACAAGGAAAAGCAGCAAAGCGACUCCACCACCAAUUCCUCCCCCCCCAAAAGCUUUUGUGGACCAUCGUGGACCGCCACCUGAGUACCCUUUUAAGCUUAAAACUCAGACAAUGUACCCAACCAGCCCUAGCCCACUAUCCGCAGAACAUACCCAGGUCUCAGGUGAAGGUUUGCUGCCUAGUGUACCACACCAGAACAGUCCCUUGCCCUCCCAGACAUCUGGUCUAAUCCCCUCUCAAGUACCUGUACCCCCAUACCAGUCAGCACCUUCACUUCAGUCCCUAGCUAUUCCUCAGGCCCAGGCUGGACCUGGGGCUCAGGGGCCACCUUUGCGCAUGGCCCCGCAGGGACAGCACGUGCCUGGAGACAUGUUUGCAAUGGCCAGCCAUGCUCAGCAGAUGCUGGAAGUCCUCAGUGAGGAGAACCAGAGACUCCGGCAAGAGCUCCUCAGCCAGUCUGAAAAAUCCAGCAAUCUGCAACGGUUGGAGUCAGAAGUGGGCCACCUUUCGGAUGCAUAUGAGAGUCUGGUGAAAAGCUCAUCCAAGCGGGAGACACUAGACAAAACCAUGAGGAUGAAGCUUGAGGGGGAGAUCAGACGUUUGCACGACUUCAAUCGGGACUUGAGAGACCGCUUGGAUACAGCCAAUCGACAGCUGGCAAACCAGGAGAUAGGUGGACAAGAGGACGGACGUCUGUACCUGAGCGAGAGAAGGGAAAGCCUACGGGAGAUGGAGAGGCUGGAGAUGGAGGCAGCCACUGUUCGCUCAGCCAAUGAGGAUCAGCGACGCCACAUUGAGAUUAUGGAGCAGGCUCUAAAUAAUGCCCAGACUAAAGUAGUCAGACUGGAAGAGGAGCUGGGGAAAAAACAGGUGUACGUGGAGCGGGUGGAGCGGCUACAGCAGGCGUUGGGCCAGCUCCAGGCUGCCUGCGAGAAGCGCGAACAGCUCGAGAAACGCCUGCGCACACGGCUGGAGAGAGAGCUGGAAACCCUACGCUCGCAACAGCGUGCUGGUGUAGGUGUCGGCCUCCCAAUGUGUGAGUCCAGUGCCCCAGCCCUGCUUGACCUGCUGAGAGAAAGGGAGGAGAGGAUUCUGGGACUGGAGGCAGAUAUGAUGCGGUGGGAACAGAAGUACUUGGAGGAGAGCGCCAUGAGACAGUUCGCCAUGGAGGCCGCUGCGACAGCUGCAGCACAGAGGGACACUACCAUUAUCCAGCAUUCUCGCAGUGGCAGUUAUAGUGACGGAUGUCUGUGGCAACAUGACGGAGAAGAUAAAACACACAGCCGUCACUGUCAGGACAUAGAGACCAGGAUGAAGGACCUCCAUGCUCAGCUGUUGGAGAAAAAGGCUAUGAUCAAAGUCAUGGAGCAUCGUUCACGCCGAGACUCCACUCCACUUCGCCCUGCCCGCUCUGUACCUUCUAUCUCUAUAGCAACAGGGAUGCACUCCCGCCAGACCUCGCAGACAGAGUGCAGAGAGAUGCCCAGCUGGAAAGGCAGCACUUACGUGCUGCUAGGGAAAGAGAGUGUCGAACACCUUCCUGCUUCUCUCCCCUCAUUCUCGGCUUCGCUCUCCUCCCUCGCUCCCUCUCUCACCUCCUCCCUCGCUCCCUCUCUCGCCUCCUCCCUCGCUCCCUCUCUCGCCUCCUCCCUCGCUCCCUCCUUUCCUCCCCUGUCUGCCUCCUCUCUCCCUCUUCCAUCGCCAAUGACCUCUUCCUCCUCCUCUGCCUCCCUUCUCCCUUUCUCCUCUGCCACCCUGCCCCUACCCUCCAUGCUCCACCCCUCUCCUCUGCCACUCCCUGACACAUUCUCCUCCCUGCCCUCCACACCUCUUCUGUCCCUGCAUUCUAAAUCAUCCGGCAGAGACAGCAGCACCCAGACGGGGCGGAGUCCCGAGGCGGUCAGAGCCAUGCCACCCACAGGACGAGCAAAAACAGGGAAGACAGACUCUCCACCCACUCAGACCAAGUCUCCAGACAGUCGAGCUCUAACAAGUGCAGGCCAGAAGAUCAGACUGCCUGACUCUGACCUGGUGGAGAUUCUGAUCUGAUGCUGCACCACCUGUAAUGUAAUCUAAUGAUAGAGUGAAAGUGAGAGAGAGAGCGAGAGAGAGAGAGAGAGAGAGAGAGAGAGAGAGAGAGAGAGAGGUAAAAGAAGCAGACAUGAAGCAUUAAUAAUGACAACAAGAGGGGACAAAAGAGUGAAAGGUGCACAGAGAUACUCAGGCAGACAGACAGAGUAUAUGAAAGGAGCAAGAGUGUAUUUAAUGCGAGUAAUGAAAGCAUUUUACCUUGAUGAGCAACAGUGCCAAUGUCAGUCUGACACAGUUCAGUGUAGUUAAUAAUGGGACAGCCUCAGGUGUAGUCCCUCUUGAGUACCUUUGCUCUGUUCUUCCACAGUUCUGUCAGCCUCUGACAUGCUUUUAACUGAUUUCAGUAAAUUAUUUUGAUGACAGUAUGUCAUUAGUGUUGGCUGGCCAAUGACGGCCAAUAUUUCAGGCUAGUUUGAAUGUGGCCCGACAACGAGAGGUUGCCGUAUGACGCAGUGUGGGUUUGUGUGGGUUUGUGUGUCUGCACUUGUGCUUAGCCUAACUGGGGAAAUAGCCUGCCAGUAUGGCUUAAGAUGUCAUAUUACUGUAUUAGCUAUACAGUGUCAUAAUUUAUAUAGGUUGUGCCUAUUGCCUUAUUUGGCAAAAAUGCUUUUAACGGGUACCAUUGCUCUUAUAAAAAUAAAUUUGCAUACCACAUAUUUUUAAUCAUUGGGUUAUGAUUGUGGUAAAUGAAAGAGGAUAUUUAUUGUCCCCUCAUCUUUGUUUGUAUUAUCAAGCUUUGUUUGGGUGUUUAAUUUGCUGCUUUUUGUUAGACCAUUCCACCCAUUAGUGCUUUAGGACCUUCAGGUUAGAUCUAUACAGUGGACGUAUAUACACAUGUUGUGCAGCCUUUGUUUUCCUUAAAAAAUUGAUGUGGUGUCCAGUUGUCUGAUUAAAUAUUGCAGUAAA